AUGUCUUCGUCUUCUGAAAAGACGAGGACCAAAAGAGGAGGAGCUUUGUUAGGACAAAACCACGAUGAAAAGAAAAGACGAAUAGGAGGAGGGGAGAGAAAAAGAGAUGAUUCGUGUUUGGAGUUGUGGGAUUUGAUCGUGAAUAACGACGAUAUUUGUUUUAAACACAUUCUUCCGAAAUUGAAUGGAACCGAUGUGAAAUUCUUGCACGACGUGAAUGGUGAAACGAGAAAGUUGAUUAAGAGAUCAUCUUACAACAAGGGGGAGUUACAAAACAGGUUUAAAGUGAACGAGAUGUCGUCGAUAUCGACUUUGGAAGUCGCGUGGGAGCAUUAUCCGUGGGGUAAGUUGGUAUGGCAGUACGGCCCAAGGAUGGACGAACCAUAUUUCUGCUGGCAAGUUGCUUACACGAAUAAACUCGAGUUGCUCAAGUGGAUACGAGAGGAGAAAAAUUGUGAUUGGGAUGUAGGGACGAUUAAUGCGGCCGUACGUCAAGGUAAUCUGGAAAUGGUAAAGUAUUGCGUUGCAAAUGAGUGUCCUGUCGAUGAGUGGGCGUGUUCAGAUGCUGCCGAAAACGGUCAUCUCGAGUGCCUCAAAUACUUACACGAAGAAGCGAAAGCGCCUUGGGAUUCGGGUACUGCCUCAAUGGCGGCUGAAAAUGGUCAUCUCCACAUACUCGAAUAUCUUGUUGGAAGGGCCGCAUUAGAAGGUAAUCUAGAAAUGGUAAAGUAUUGCGUGAGAUAUGAGUGUCCUAUUGAUGAGUAUGCGUGUGCAAAUGCUGCCUUAAAAGGUCAUCUCGCGUGCCUCAAAUACUUGCACGAAAAAGCCAAAGCGCCUUGGGAUCGGAGAACUGCCCAUUGGGCGGCUUCAAAUGGUCAUCUCCACAUACUCAAAUAUCUUGUUAAGCGUAAAUUUGAUGAAUUUACCGAAUGGGCGUGCGAGGAUGCGGCCAAGAACGGCCACUUGGACUGUUUGAAGUACUUGCACGAAACCGCCAAAGUGCGUUGGACCUCCUCUCGGGCCGUACGAAAAGCGUUCGAUAACGCACAACUCAGAUGGGCAAAAAAUAACGCGCAAUUCAAAUGUGUACACUACCUCCUCGACAACAACUGUCCAAUACCACGCAAUUGGCGAAUUGACGAGCACGGAGAAUUACAUCAUCCAGGAAACUGA